CACUACGUGUGCGUUGAGCCCAACUGUCUUCAGCCGAACGGCGUGUUUGACAAUCAGCUUAACUUUUACCGACAUCUGAUCAAAGACCACCGCAAACUGCCGGACAUUGUCUGCGAAUACUGCGGCAAAGUGUUCAAGAAGGCAAAGCUGUACACACUUCACAAGCGGAUCCACACCAACACAAAGCCCUACGCGUGUCAUAUGCCGGGCUGCGAGUACAGGGGCCGCACGAAACCGCAACUCAAUUAUCACAUGGCUGUCCACACGGAGGACCGACCGUUUCUGUGCGCACACGACGGCUGCGCCAAGACUUUCAAGAGCCGCGAGAAACUGCGCGAACACUCCGAGACACACGACCCGCACUUCCGGAUCAAGUGCUCGGCCGACGGGUGCGACGAGUGGUUCAAGAGUCGCUACUGGCGUACUAUUCAUGUCAAACUCGUUCAUAAGGGUCUGCCGCCGGAGCUCUGCAAGAAAGUGGCCAAAAAGUUUGUGUGCGAUUGGCCGGGAUGUGAGUUCCGCGGCGCCCUCCAAAACCUGGCCAUUCACAAGAGUGUCCACACGGGUGAGCGGCCGUUCGCCUGCGAUUGGCCCAACUGUGGCAAACGGUUCCGUUUGAAACAGUAUCUUAACGACCAUAAGAAUAUCCACAUCAACCAGAAGCCAUUGGUGUGUCACUGGCCGGGAUGUGCCUAUCGGUGCAACGAUUCCGGCAAUCUUCGCAAACACAUCCGCACUACUCAUAAAUAA